GGCGUCGCCAUCCAGACGCCGUUAGGCAAGGCUCGACACCGGGAGCUAACGUGCAGUAUCGUCCAUUAUCAGCAACGACGCCGCGACGGACUGCAACACUUUCUGGUUGCUAAGAGGACUCUCUUUAACACUUCUGUGCACUGGAUAGAGGGGUCACCGCAGUCUCCAGAACAAUGCCUCCCCCAAUGCGCCACCGCUCCAUGCGUGUCUUCAUGAAUGAUGACCGCCAUGCCAUGGCGAAACACUCUGCCAUCUACCCUACACAGGAAGAACUGGAGAAUGUUCAGAACAUGAUAUCUCACACGGAGCGAGCCCUCAAAGCAGUCUCAGACUGGCUGGAUAAGCAGGAGAAGGGGUCUUCAAAACUGGACUCAGACACAGAUACUGAUAAAGACAGCGACCAUAAAGAACAGGUCACACGCUCCCUGCGGGGUGUAAUGCGGGUGGGUCUGGUAGCUAAGGGCUUACUACUAAAGGGGGACCUAGAUCUGGAGCUGGUGCUGCUCUGUAAGGACAAGCCUACCAUCUGUCUGCUAAAGAAAGUGUCUGAAAACCUGGUUACACAACUGAAGCUCAUCACAGAGGAUAAGUACGUGGUGAGCCAGAACAUCCGUGAGGCCAGUAUAGUCAUCAAGAACACCAAGGAGCUCCCUCUGACCCUCACCAUUCACCUGACUUCCCCUGUGGUGCGUGAGGAGAUGGAGAGGGCUGCAGCUGGAGAAACGCUUUCAGUCAACGAUCCCCCGGAUGUUCUGGACAGGCAGAAAUGCCUAACUGCCUUGGCGUCUCUCCGCCACGCUAAGUGGUUCCAGGCCAGAGCCAAUGGACUGCGUUCCUGUGUCAUCGUCAUCCGGAUCCUAAGGGACCUGUGUGUCCGUGUCCCCACAUGGGCCCCACUCCGUGGCUGGCCACUGGAGCUGAUUUGUGAGAAAGCCAUUGGCACAGGGAACCGGCCCAUGGGGGCAGGAGAAGCUCUGCGGAGAGUUCUAGAGUGUCUCGCUUCAGGAAUUCUCAUGGCAGGUGUUUCUGUGGCAGAUGGUGCCGGGAUCUCUGAUCCAUGUGAGAAGGAGCCCACAGAUGCUAUCGGUCACUUGGACUUCCAGCAGAGAGAGGACAUAACACAGAGUGCACAACAUGCCUUAAGGCUGUCGGCUUUCGGACAGCUUCACAAAGUGCUUGGAAUGGAUCCACUUCCUUCAAAGAUGCCCAAGAAACCACGAAGUGAAACUCCAAUAGAUUACACAGUCCAAAUCCCUCCCAGUACUGCAUAUGCCCCACCAAUGAAACGGCCCAUUGAGGAAGAGGAGGGAACUGAUGACAAAAGCCCCAAUAAGAAGAAGAAAAAACUACAGAAGAAAUCUCCAGAUGAGAAAGCUGAACCUCCUCAGGCUAUGAAUGCAUUAAUGAGGUUGAACCAGCUGAAGCCAGGUCUCCAGUAUAAGCUGGUCUCACAGACCGGCCCAGUUCAUGUCCCAGUCUUCACCAUGGCUGUAGAAGUGGAGGGCAAGUCUUUUGAGGCCUCUGGUCCAUCCAAACGCACUGCCAAACUGCAUGUAGCUGUAAAGGUCCUCCAGGAUAUGGGUCUGCCCACAGGAGUGGAACUAAAAACUGCUGAGCCAAUAAAGUCAGAGGAAGCAGAAGUAACUGUGGAAGACUUGAAACCAACAAUAGCACCCACUGAAGCACCCACUGCUGUCACUGGAGUAGUCAAUGCAGACUCCGCUGAUGCUGCAGAGACUGCUCGUCAACAGGGACCAAUCUUGACUAAACAUGGUAAGAACCCUGUGAUGGAGCUGAAUGAGAAGCGCCGUGGCCUCAAGUAUGAGCUCAUAUCUGAGACCGGAGGCAGCCAUGACAAACGCUUUGUCAUGGAAGUGGAGAUAGACGGUCAGAAGUUCCAGGGGACUGGAUCAAAUAAGAAGGUGGCCAAGGCUUACGCUGCGCUGGCUGCUUUGGAACGACUCUUCCCCGAAGGAUCAGUGGCCGAGGCUGCCAAGAAGAAAAAGGGACCACCUAUUCACACCCCGGGCUUUGGCAUGAUGGGAGCGUCUGGAGCUGGAGAUGGGCCUACACCAAGGGGCAGAGGGAGAGGAGGACGAGGUCGAGGAAGGGGCCGGGGCUUUAAUAAUGGAGGAGGCUAUGGCCAAGGAGGUGGAUUUGGAACAUAUGGUUAUGGGAACAGUGCUACCUCUGGAUACAAUUACUACAACAAUGGUGGUACAAACGGUGGAACCGGGGCUUCGAGCAGCCCGUCAGGUGGUCCUCCAGCCAGCACAGUGCCCAGCUCUGCUCAGGGGUCCUAUGGUUCAUACUACCAGAAUGAUGGAGCCUACACUGCCACGUCUGCUACUAAAACCCAAAAAAAGAAACCCCCCAUGCACAAAGGUGGUGGUAAAGCGCCCUUUUCUGGUCCUCUUGGUGCAAGCGGGGGAUCUGCAGGGGUCUACCAGUCCAGCAGUCCCUCAGGGCAGGGUCCGUAUAACCAGUACGGCCAAGGCUAUGGGCAGGGCAAGAAGAACUUCAACCAGAAUCAGGGGGGGUCAGGAGGAUAUUCGUACAGCACCGCCUAUCCAAGCCAGGUUACCGGGGGGUCAGGAGGUAACCAAGACUACAACUAUGAAGGCUUCAACAACCAGUCCAACUACAACUCCCAGGGAGGAGGAGGUGGAGGUGGUAACCAGGGUUUUGGCAACAACCACUCUCAAUAUCACAACCCAGCGGGCUAUGGCCGGGGGGACGGCAGCAUGAAUUACCAGUACAGAUAGACUGUUACCAUUCCAUUUGUGUAUCAUUGGCACCAAGCACCCUGCGUCAGUGUCUCAAGCCUUCUCCAAAGAAAUCCAUUGAUGGCUCGCCCGUGCUCUCUCUUUUUGCCUUUUCCAUGUUUGCUUCUUGUGCUUUUUUGGGUUUAAGUGUAGCACACAUCAUGGGCACAGAGGGAGUUGUCUGGGUCGUUUGAGUGUCAGCUGAGUUGUGACUGAAUUUAGUGAAAUGUUCUCAGUGGUCUGGUCAGUGCUUGGUCUUGUGUUUUUAGACUUUUUUUUUUUUUUUUUUUUUACCUCUGCUACCAGUCCUGUUCACUUAAUAUGAAAGCUCACGCUACAGAUGACUCGCUACUAGUUCUGACUCGGUUUCCGUCGUUAUCAAGAGUUGUGUGGUGACAGUUUAUUCCCCUCAUGUGUUACUAGUAAACUGUGUAGUUUUGAACUGCAAGACUUGUUCUAAUUUUUGUAAUAAUUCAAUAGACCAGAAGAGCUUUUUUAUUUACAUAAUUGCUUGUAAUUUUGGCUUUUUUUGUAAUAACUUGAUUGUGAUUUAGUUGUUUUAAACAACGCAUUUGGAGAUUACUGGAAAAUAAAUGGAUGUUACACCCACAUUUCUGCUCACUGUUGCUUUUGAUAGGGUAGGAUUUGUUUAUGUUGAUGUAACAAAGUGUGUUUGUAUUUAUAAAUGAUUUUUAUUUGGA